UACUGCUAUUAUGAAAGACUCAAACCGAGGCGGGAACGGCGGGAAGCGGAGCGCUCCUCCUGUAGCUGUCUUUUGUUUUUGUUUUUGUUUGUUUGUUGUUCACGGUUUCUGAUUGUUUGUAUUUCGGUCUGUUCGGCUUUUGUGGUUAGGAAGGUUGAUGCCAAAGUCUUGAGUUCAUGGGCUUGUGAUAUGUCACGAAGGCUCGAAAAUGAUGAACUUUUCAAGGUGGUUAAAGACUUCCAUGCGAAGGAAAAUCGUGAAGUAUCUUCUGUGGAGCACCCUUCUCUCCUCCCCAAACUACGUCUAUAUCAGAAAGAAGCAGUGCAGUGGAUGAUUCAACGAGAAACUUGUUCAGUGUUUGAAAAUAUUUUUUUAGAAAUUGUUGAAGCUGUUGAGGACGACUCUAGCUCUCAUGGUGCCAAAGGUUUGCCUGUUGCCAGACUUCCGACUGGCGGCAUUUUAUCAGAUGAAAUGGGCUUAGGCAAAACUGUCGAGGUUCUUGCUUGCAUUCUUAAUAAUCCACGUGGAGAUGUUGUGAUACCAAUUCCAAAAAAUAUUCAACCAGAAGACCCCAAAAAGGUCAAUGAAACAGUUCAAUCUCAUAAAAAAAAAGCUACUAAAAAAAGGAAACAAAAAGAUGAUGAUGAUGAUUGGCAACCAAGUUCAAAGAAUAAAAAAGAAAAGGGUUCUGCUACCAAAGGUGAAUUGGAAAUGGAAGCCAAAACAGAGUGCAAGGAAGUGGAGCUAAAAGGAAAGUGUCGCUCUCGUGCUAAACUAUUAGCCCAACAAUGGUAUGAAAGCAAACUAUCUGAGGUUAACAAAAACCCAAUUAGAGCUUAUCGAGAAAGUAUUUUUGAAGGCUCACCAAAUAGUAGUAGGAAUGUUGUUGUGCAGUGCAUUUGUAGUGAGACUGGUGAGGAUGGCAUAAUGAAAUGUAAGUCUUGCUCCAGAUGGUUGCACAAAAAGUGUAUUGGGGCUCUGAAAUGGAAUGGUGUGCAACCUGUAUAUUGUCCACAGUGUUGGCUGAAACAGACUCCUGUUCAGUCCCGUGCCACUCUAAUUGUGUCUCCUACUUCAAUAAGUGGUCAGUGGCUCAAUGAAGUUAAGAGGCAUAUAAGUAAAGAUGCAAAUUUUAAAGUGCUAGCUUACAAAGGUGUUAGAGUUGAUGGGUUUUCACAACCUUAUGACUUUGCUGAUUAUGACCUAAUUUUGACUACCUAUGAAAUCCUACGUCAUGAACUGUGUCUCGCUGAAGUUCAUGAAAGGCGGAGUCUGCGCUAUGAAAAACGUUAUUUUUCUCCUACUUGCCCAUUACUUUGUGUAGAUUUCUGGCGCAUAUGCUUGGAUGAAGCGCAAAUUGUGGAGGGCCAUGCAACUGCAGCUGCAGAUAUGGUGUCUCGUUUUUCAUCUGUUCACCGAUGGGCAGUCACUGGAACACCCGUUCAGAAGAGUCUUCAAGAUCUUUAUGGGCUUGUUGUUUUUUUGUGCAUAGAGCCGUACUGCAAUAUGACAGAUUGGAAAAAUAUUUUAUAUGAGCCUUUUUGUAAUGGAAAAAAGGGUCCUAUGUAUACACUUCUCGCACACAUCAUGUGGCGCUCUUCAAAAAUUGAUGUGCUGGAUCAAAUUCAAAUCCCACAACAAACAGAACUGCUUUGUUUGAAUGAUUUUUCUCCUGUUGAGCAGCAUUUUUAUCUUCGUACUCACCAGGAGUGCUCAAAUGACUUCUUGGAGAAACUUUCAAAAUUUGAGUCUUUGAAUUGGACGUUAGAAUCUCUAAAAGUAGUAACAGUUAACCAUAUUUUGGGACCUCUCCUCAAAUUAAGACAAGCCUGUUCUCAUCCUCAAGCUGUUCGCGGUAAUGUGUUAACAGCUCAGAAGAAAACAAUGACUAUGCCUGAGUUAUUAGAAGCCCUUAUCAAGAAAACUGCUAUAGAAGCACAGGAUGCAUUGCGAAAGCACAUUUCUUCUCUAAAUGCUAUUGCAGGCUUACACAUAAUUUGCAACGAGUUCGUCUCUGCUGCAGAAAAGUACAGAGAGGUACUUCAAAUUGCUGAUGAAUAUAAAGGGCGUGUUAAUGUAGACACACUUCAGAGAAUACACACUAUGCACAACUUAGAUGAAGUAAUCAAGUGCCACAGAGAUGUUAUACCUCCUACUCUUAGGGAUGAUUCCCUUUGUGAUGAAGCAAAGAAUCUUCAAGACAAUUAUUUAAGUAAAUCCCAAGCUUCUGUGAUUGCAGCUGAAGAAAACUUAAAAGUGCUGUCAGGUAGUGUUUCUUCAAUAGAAGGUAAAUUUUCAGAAAUGAGUAAUUCAAAUUGGUGGGUUGAUCUCUGUUAUGUUUUGGAUAGAGAGGAAAUGCUACUGAGAAUACAUGAUGCUUUGGUGAACCACCGAAAGAGUUUGGCUGAUGUCUCCUCCUCUAGCAUCAUCAACAGAGUGUCCACCAUAAAUGGUGUACAGGUCAUUUGUAAUCAAUGGCUGGAGGAUAUUGAAAAAAAUCAAACUAAAGUAAGGAAGGAGCUAGAAGCUUUAAAAGCUGCAGACAGUGCAACUUUAGUUAAUGAUGCUGUUGAUUGUCAUCUCAGAGUGAGUAAUUUAAAAUCAAAGAAAACUUUCUGUCAGCUUUGUAAAGUUGAAAACAUUCUGAAAAAUUAUGAAACUGGCCUCUUUGAUAUUAAACUUAAGAGAAAUGAGAACACAAUGGUUGGAGAUGUAUAUCUACUUGGCCAAGGAAAAGAGGGUUCUUGGAAACCAAGUGAACAAGAAACUGUGCUAAGGACAAUUUUGUCAUUUGGUCGGCAAAAGAAAGCAGAAAACAAUUUGGUCAAAUCAGGUACAUUGUUUAUCAAAAUAAUGGAUGCUUUACGCAAAGAAUUUAAACCCUUGCGUCUUCUGUGGAGUAUGAUAAAUGAGAGAACUUGUGCUCAAGAUGAACUGAAUAUGUGCAAACUUCGACUAAGAUUACGUUUACCUGAAGAAGCAGUUCCUUCUCACGCAAUAUCAACAAAUAGAAGAAAAUCGGUCCCCAAAAAAAACAAUUUAAGUUCAAAUCUUGAUACUAAGAUGGAGAAUCUACAUGUGAUUGAAAUUCACCAGGUAGAAACCAUGAUUCACCAAAAUAAACUUGAAGCAGCCUCAGCAUUGAGUGAUCUGAAAAAAAAAUAUGGGACUGUUGCUUAUUUACAGAAUCUCAGAAAUAAAGAUGACUCUAAGUCAAAUGUGGAGGUGUGUCCUGUGUGCCGAAGUAACUUGGAGAAAAAGUGGGCUGUCCUUUCAUGUGGUCACUGUUAUUGUAUGGAUUGUGUUUCUGAACUUUUUAAAAAGAAACAAGUUCUGUGUGCUAUAUGUAGAGAAAACACAAAGUUUGAUGAAGUAUCUUUUGUGAAUCCAAGCUCUGAUGAUAAGAUUGAAAGUACUGAAACAGAAAACAGUUUACCUUCAGUUGAAGGGUCACAUUCAACUAAAGUGGAAGCAAUAAUUAAGAAAUUGUUCCUCCUAAAAGCAGCUGAUCCUUAUGUUAAGGUUCUUGUCUUCUCUACGUGGGAACGUGUCUUAGAUGUUCUUGAGGAAGCAUUGACCCAAAAUAAUGUGAAGCACUUGCGGUUAAGAACUGGUCCAAAAUACGAGCUGACCCUGAAACUGUUUAAGGAUCAAGAUGAGGAAGAUACAGUCACGGCAUUGCUCUUGCCUUUAAAGUUAGGGUCGAAAGGCUUGAAUUUGACUGAAGCCACACAUGUCAUGAUGGUUGAACCAGUUCUUAAUCCAGCGGAAGAGUUACAAGCUAUUGGCAGAGUUCAUAGAAUUGGUCAAACAAGACCUACUUUUGUCCACCGAUUCCUCAUAAAAGACACAAUAGAGGAAAGAAUGUUUUCUGCUGUGCAAGCUACAGGAAAAGAAAAAUGGAGUGGAAAGCAAGUAACACUUCAGCAGCUUAAAGAUUUAUUCACAUCAUCACAGUCAGCAGUACCUGGAGCUCAAACAUCUUCAUCUCCCAUAUUAGUUCAGGAUUGAAGUACCUGAUUUUUAGUUUGUUUUAUAUAGUACAUUUAUCUCUGAACAUACGUAUUUUAAGGGUAGCCACUAUAUUCAUCUGAAUAUGCACCCUCUUUCCCCCCCCAAAAAAUUGCUUUCAAAGUGUGAGUGUGUGAGUGUGUGUUACUUUUCUUUUUUUUUGGGGGGGGGGGGGCUUCAAGCACACACAUUACUAUCAACCCGAUAGAAGUGGUUAGGUGCUCUCCGAGGACUUUCCCCACUAAAAUUUUUUUUGAAAAAUUUGAGGCCUUGUAAAGGGGGGGGGGGGUACUCAGAUGGAUACGGCACAUCUCUUAUCUUUAGAAACAAAGGUGCAGUUCAAGACAACCAUACUUUAGAAAUCUUUAUUUAAUUUUGUCAGCUUCCUAUAAAUUUAAUGAUUGCUGUACAGUUUAAAUGUUGUUUGCUGGAACCAUAAUUAAGUCUGUACCCUGCUUAAUGCUAAAAUAUAGCGGAAAUUUUCCAUCAUCACACAUCCAA